AUGGAGGAAGUAUCGAUAGGAGGAGGGAGGGGGGGAGGGGGAGGGCAUGGGGUUAGCCAUGAGGGACGGCUGCAGGUGGACCCGCAGUGGUCACGAAAGCGCGCAGGUGGCGGCAGCUGGUGGGGCUGCUAUGGCGCGGGUGCGGAAGCGGUGGGGAGGUGGAGGAAUGGCGCAGGCAGCGGAGGUUGGCGCGGAGGUGGCUACGAGGCUGCGAAGCGGCGGGAGGUGGCGGCGGCUGGCGAGGCCGUGGCGGACGCAGGCGCAGAGGUGGUGCUGAGGCGGCGGAGGGGAGCUGCGCGGGCGGCGGCUGGUGGGGCCGCGGCGACGCGGUUGCGGAGGCGGCGUCGAGGCCGUGAAGGGGAGCAGCGCAGGCGGCAGCGGUUGGUGAGGCCGCGGCGACGCGGGCGCGGGGGCGACGAGGCCGCGGAGGGGGGCAGCGCGGGCGGCGGCGGUUGGCGAGGCCGCGGCGACGCGGGCGCGGAGGCGGCGGCGAGGCCGCGAGGGGGAGCUGCGCGGGCGGCGGCGGCUGACGAGGCCGCGACGUCGUGGGCGCGGAGGCGGCGGCGAGGCCGCGGAGGGGAGUUGCGCGGGCGGCGGCGGCUGGCGAGGCCGCGGCGUCGCGGGCGCGAAGGCGGCGUCGAGGCCGCGGAGGGGAGCUGCGCGGGCGGCGGCGGCUGGCGAGGCCGCGGCGUCGCGGGCGCGGAGGCGGCGUCGAGGCCGCGGAGGGGAGCGGGGUGGCGGCGGCUGGCGAGGCCGCGGCGGACGCAGGCGCGGAGGCGGCGACGAGGCCGCGGAGGGGAGCAGCGCGGGCGGCGGCGGCUGACGAGGCCGGGGCGACGCGGGCGCGGAGGCGACGACGAGAGAUAUUCUAACACUCUUCCCCCGCCCCUCUUCGUUGCGCUCCUCUUUCUCCGCCCCUCUUCGUUGCGCCCCUCUUCCUCCGCCCCUCUUCCUCCGCCCCUCUUCGUUCCGCCCCUCUUCCUCCGCCCCUCUUCGUUCCGCCCCUCUUCCUCCGCCCCUCUUCGUUGCGCCUGUCUUCCUCCGCCCCUCUUCAUUGCGCCCCUCUUCCUCCGCCCCUCUUCGUUGCGCCCCUCUUCCUCCGCCCCUCUUCGUUGCGCCCCUCUGCCUCCGCCCCUCUUCGUUGCGCCCCUCUUCCCCCGCCCCUCUUCCCCCGCCCCUCUUCGUUCCGCCCCUCUUCCCCCGCCCCUCUUCGUUCUGCCCCUCUUCCCCCGCCCCUCUUCGUCGCGCCCCUCUUCCCCCGCCCCUCUUCGUUGCGCUCCUCUUCCUCCGCCCCUCUUCCUCCGCCCCUCUUCGUUCCGCCCCUCUUCCUCCGCCCCUCUUCGUUGCGCCCCUCUUCCCCCGCCCCUCUUCGUUGCGCCCGUCUUCCUCCGCCCCUCUUCGUUGCGCCCCUCUUCCUCCGCCCCUCUUCGUUGCGCCCCUCUUCCACCGCCCCUCUUCAUUGCGCCCCUCUUCCCCCGCCCCUCUACGUUCCGCCCCUCUUCCCCCGCCCCUCUUCGUUCCGCCCCUCUUCCCCCGCCCCUCUUCGUUCUGCCCCUCUUCCCCCGCCCCUCUUCGUCGCGCCCCUCUUUCUCCGCCCCUCUUCGUUGCGCCCCUCUUCCUCCGCCCCUCUUCCUCCGCCCCUCUUCGUUCCGCCCCUCUUCCUCCGCCCCUCUUCGUUCCGCCCCUCUUCCUCCGCCCCUCUUCGUUGCGCCCGUCUUCCUCCGCCCCUCUUCAUUGCGCCCCUCUUCCUCCGCCCCUCUUCGUUGCGCCCCUCUUCCUCCGCCCCUCUUCGUUGCGCCCCUCUGCCUCCGCCCCUCUUCGUUGCGCCCCUCUUCCCCCGCCCCUCUUCCCCCGCCCCUCUUCGUUGCGCCCGUCUUCCUCCGCCCCUCUUCGUUGCGCCCCUCUUCCUCCGCCCCUCUUCGUUGCGCCCCUCUUCCACCGCCCCUCUUCAUUGCGCCCCUCUUCCCCCGCCCCUCUUCGUUCCGCCCCUCUUCCCCCGCCCCUCUUCGUUCCGCCCCUCUUCCUCCGCCCCUCUUCAUUCCGCCCCUCUUCCCCCGCCCCUCUUCGUUCCGCACCUCUUCGUUCCGCCCCUCUUCGUUCCGCCCCUCUUCCUCCGCCCCUCUUCGUUGCGCCCCUCUUCCGCCGCCCCUCUUCGUUGCGCCCCUCUUCCCCUGCCCCUCUUCGUUGCGCUCCUCUUCCUCCGCCCCUCUUCGUUGCGCCCCUCUUCCUCCGCCCCUCUUCCUCCGCCCCUCUUCGUUCCGCCCCUCUUCCUCCGCCCCUCUUCGUUCCGCCCCUCUUCCUCCGCCCCUCUUCGUUGCGCCCGUCUUCCUCCGCCCCUCUUCGUUGCGCCCCUCUUCCUCCGCCCCUCUUCGUUGCGCCCCUCUUCCUCCGCCCCUCUUCGUUGCGCCCCUCUUCCCCCGCCCCUCUUCGUUCCGCCCCUCUGCCCCCGCCCCUCUUCGUUCCGCCCCUCUUCCUCCGCCCCUCUUCGUUGCGCCCCUCUUCCCCCGCCCCUCUUCGUUGCGCCCCUCUUCCUCCGCCCCUUUUCGUUGCGCCCCUCUUCCUCCGCCCCUCUUCGUUCCGCCCCUCUUCCCCCGCCCCUCUUCGUUGCGCCCCUCUUCCCCCGCCCCUCUUCGUUCCGCCCCUCUUCCCCCGACCCUCUUCGUUGCGCCCGUCUUCCUCCGCCCCUCUUCGUUGCGCCCCUCUUCCUCCGCCCCUCUUCGUUGCGCCCGUCUUCCUCCGCCCCUCUUCAUUGCGCCCCUCUUCCUCCGCCCCUCUUCGUUGCGCCCCUCUUCCUCCGCCCCUCUUCCUUGCGCCCCUUUUCCUCCGCCCCUCUUCCCCCGCCCCUCUUCGUUGCGGCCCUCCUCCCCCGCCCCUCUUCGUUCCGCCCCUCUUCCCCCGCCCCUCUUCGUUGCGCCCCUCUUCCCCCGCCCCUCUUCGUUCCGCCCCUCUUCCUCUGCCCCUCUUCGUUCCGCCCCUCUUCCUCCGCCCCUCUUCGUUCCGCCCCUCUCCCCCCGCCCCUCUUCGUUGCGCCCCUCUUCCCCCGCCCCUCUUCGUUGCACUCCUCUUCCUCCGCCCCUCUUCGUUGCGCCCCUCUUCCUCCGCCCCUCUUCCUCUGCCCCUCUUCGUUCCGCCCCUCUUCCUCCGCCCCUCUUCGUUCCACCCCUCUUCCUCCGCCCCUCUUCGUUGCGCCCGUCUUCCUCCGCCCCUCUUCAUUGCACCCCUCUUCCUCCGCCCCUCUUCGUUGCGCCCCUCUUCCUCCGCCUCUCUUUGUUGCGCCCCUUUUCCUCCGCCCCUCUUCGUUGCGCCCCUCUUCCCCCGCUCCUCUUCGUUCCGCCCCUCUUCCCCCGCCCCUCUUCGUUGCGCCCCUCUUCCUCCGCCCCUUUUCGUUGCGCCCCUCUUCCUCCGCCCCUCUUCGUUCCGCCCCUCUUCCCCCGCCCCUCUUCGUUGCGCCCCUCUUCCCCCGCCCCUCUUCGUUGCGCCCCUCUUCCCCCGCCCCUCUUCGUUCUGCCCCUCUUCCCCCGCCCCUCUUCGUUCCGCCCUUCUUCCUCCGCCCCUCUUCGUUCCGCCCCUCUUCCUCCGCCCCUCUUUGUUCCGCCCCUCUUCCCCCGCCCCUCUUCGUUGCGCCCCUCUUCCCCCGCCCCUCUUCGUUGCGCCCCUCUUCCCCCGCCCCUCUUCGUUGCGCCCCUCUCCCCCCGCCCCUCUUCGUUGCGCCCCUCUUCCUCCCUCCCUCUUUGUUGCGCCCGUCUUCCUCCGCCCCUCUUCGUUGCGCCCCUCUUCCUCCCUCCCUCUUCGUUUUGCCUCCUCUUCCUCCCUCCCUCUUCAUUGCCUCCUCUUCCUCCCUCCCUCUUCAUUGCCUCCACUUCCUCCCUCCCUCUUCAUUGCCUCCUCUUCCUUCCUCCCUCUUCAUUGCCUCCUCUUCUUCCCUCCCUCUUCAUUGCCUCCUCUUCCUCCCUCCCUCUUGAUUGCAUCUUCUUUCUCCCGCCCUCUUGA